GAAGGUCGCAUCCCGCUGGCGCCCGGGCAGCAUAUAAAGGGACGCAGGCGCCCUAGAAGGCAGCCCAGAAGCGCGGUCCGUGUGUGCGCGCGGCUUAGCGCCGAAGACUCGGGAGGAUGAGGCUCACCGUCCGCGCCCUGCUGGCCUUCGGGUUCCUGGGGCUGUGUCUGGCUGUCCCUGACAAAACUGUGCGAUGGUGCACCACGUCAAAACCGGAGCUUGAGAAGUGCAACGAUAUGAAAAAUGUCCUUCCAGUCGUGUGUGUGAAGGAAGGUUCCUACUCUGAGUGCAUCCAGGCCCUUGUGGGUAAGAAAGCGGAUGCUGUGACUCUUGAUGCAGGUUGGGUGUAUGAGGCAGGACUGAAACCCAACAACCUGAAGCCUGUUGUGGCAGAGCUCCAUGGGACAGACAAGUCACAAACCGGAUAUUAUGCUGUGGCUGUGGUGUUGAAGGGCAGUGGCUUCCAGUUCAACCAGCUCCGAGGCAGGAAGUCCUGUCACACAGGCCUAGGCAGGUCCGCUGGGUGGAACAUUCCCAUCGGCAAGCUUCUCUGUGACUUGCCGGAGCCACACGUGCCAAUUGAGAAUGCAGUGGCCAACUUCUUCUCCGGCAGCUGUGUCCCCUGUGCGGAUUUGGCUAAGUUCCCCAACCUGUGUAAGCUGUGUGUGGGGCCAGAGAAGUGUGCCUGCAACACCCAUGAAGGUUAUUUCGGCUACUCAGGUGCCUUGAAGUGUCUGCAGGACGGUACUGGAGAUGUGGCCUUUGUCAAGUAUGAGACCAUACUUGAAAACAUGCCAGACAAGGCUGAAAGGGACCGGUAUGAGCUACUCUGCCCGGACAACACCCGAAAGCCAGUGGACGCAUACAAGAAAUGUCACCUGGCCCGGAUCCCUUCUCACGCCGUUGUGGCCCGAAGUGUGGAUGGCAAGGAGGACUUGAUCUGGGAGGUUCUCAACAAAGCACAGGAGCAGUUCGGCAUUAAAAAGCCAGGAGCAUUCCAUAUCUUCAGCUCCACUCAUGGGAGGAACCUGCUGUUUAAGGACUCUGCCCAGGGGUUUCUAAAGGUCCCCUCUGAGAUGGAUGCCACGCUGUACCUGGGAUAUGAGUAUGUCUCUGCCAUUCGCAAUCUAAGGGAAGGCAAAUGCCCUGAGGAAGCAGGAUGCCAGAAAGUGAAGUGGUGCGCGGUGAGCCACCAAGAGCGGAUCAAGUGUGAUGAAUGGAGCGCUAGCAGUGUAGGAGUAAUAGAAUGUGAGUCAGCAGACUCCACGGAAGACUGCAUUGCCAAGAUCAUGAAAGGAGAAGCUGACGCCAUGAGCUUGGAUGGAGGAUUUAUCUACACGGCCGGCAAGUGUGGUUUGGUGCCUGUCCUGGCGGAGAACUACAAAAAUGGCUCUGGGUGUACGCUGACGGAUAAAGGCUAUCUUGCUGUGGCAGUGGUUAAGACAUCGAAUCCUAAAAUCACCUGGAAGUCUCUGAGAGGCAAGAAGUCCUGCCACACUGCAGUGGGCCGGACCGCCGGCUGGAACAUCCCCAUGGGCCUGAUCUACAAUGAGACCAAAUCUUGUGCAUUCGAUCAGUAUUUCAGUGAAAGCUGUGCACCUGGCGCUGAACCAGACUCCAACCUCUGUGCUCUGUGUGGUGGUUCACAACCAAACAAGUGUGUUCCCAACAGCAAGGAGAAAUACUAUGGCUACACGGGAGCUUUCAAGUGUUUGGUUGAUCGGGGAGAUGUGGCCUUUAUAAAGGAUCAGACGGUCGUAAAGAACACUGGCGAUGGGGAAAAAGAUUUGAAGCUGACUGACUUUGAGUUGCUGUGCCUGGAUGGCACCCGGAAGCCUGUGGACAAGUCUGAUAGCUGCCACCUGGCCCGAGUCCCAAAUCACGCUGUGGUCUCAAGGAAAGAUAAGGCAAAUUGUGUUCGCCAGAAGUUACUCAACCAACAGGCACAGUUUGGAAGACCGUGCCUUGCAGGCAAAUUUUGUUUGUUCCGGUCUGAAUCUGAAACCAAAGACGUGCUGUUCAGGGAUGACACAGAAUGUUUGGCCGAGCUUCAGGAAGGAACGACGUAUGAAAAAUACUUAGGAGAAGAGUACAUGAUGGCUAUGAAUAACCUGGCCCAAUGUUCCACCUCAAAACUCCUGGAAGCCUGCACUUUCCACAGAAAUUAAAAUCCAAGAGGUGGAGCCAACAACCAGAUGGAGAUGGGAGCUUCACUGGCCCAUGGGCUUUGCCCCUGACCCCCCACAACCACCCCCCCUUUGUGCUGGGACCUGUCUUGCUAGUCUGAGUCAAGUUUGUGCUAAUUACAUCCGCCUUUACAGUCCUCUGUUGCCACCUGUGCAGGAUAUGAAAUAAAAAUUAUUAUGGACUCCA